UGAUGGGGGAAAUGCUUUGCCUCGGAAGUAUUGUGCCUGACACAUGCUCCGUCUGCUGCCUCCGCGCCGACCCCUGCCUCUUUUGUUAUGCUGAUUAAGGCAACAGGCACCGUCUUUUGUUCAAGUCAGAGGACGCGAGAGAGAGAGACAGAGAGCGAGCACGGAAGGAUGGUCACGCUCUCCGUGACCUAUAGUCUUCUCUUCUGUAACGUCACAAGGUGCGCGCAACAAAAGCGAGCCAGCAUCGGCGGAGUCCUUCACAUCGCGACGCGAGCUGAGCUUGACGCAACUCUUCCCUUCACACACGCCGGCACCGGACUUAUGCACGCUCCUUUAUGCCAUUUUUUUUAGCCAGGAGUCGCGAAAAAAGCGAUUUGACCGAUGCGCGAAAGGGAACGCGGACCCGAUAAAUAGAUGCUGGCCGCCGCCGUCGUGAAACUGAUGGGGGGAACGUAAAAUCGGACUCCGGGGAGAACUUAAAGCGGACUCUUCUCGUAAGAAAAGCGGAAACUGCGGGGAAGGGAGACAACGAUCCCGCUGCUUUCAGAACUUGGACAGCUCCCUCGUUCAUCCGCCUACACGCGUCCGCCGCGAGAGGAUCCGUCCAAACUACGGCGCAAAACCCGAUUCGGUUCUCCCAGAAGGCAUGGCGGGCGUACUUCAGGGAGAGAAGCAGCUUUUCGAGAAGUUCUGGCAGGGCACGUUCAAAGCCGUGGCGAUGCCGAGACCCGAGAGCAUCAUCGUCGCCAGCAUCACCGCGCGGAGAGCCGUGACAAAACUGGAGACGGCUGUUAGCUUAGCGCCUAAAGACGAUGAGGAGAAAGUGAAAGCGAAAAAGGCGGUUGCAAAAACCCAUGAGAAAAAUGGACACGUGAAGCGCAGAGGACGUAAACGGCACAGUCACCGUCGAGCUCGCAGCGUCUCUUUUGAUGCUGAUCUUUCCCCUCGGCCGGUGCCUAAAGCAAAGAAAAAGAAGAAGAAGUCACAGAGAAAGAGGAGGAGACACAGAUCUCCCUCCUGCAGUCCAUCACCUGUGAGGAAGAAGAAGAAAAAGAAGAGCUCAAAGAAAAGGAAGCGACAUAGGUCUGCCUCAAGGAAGGGACGACACAGCGGCUCGAGUCCCAGACGUAAACGAAAGGAGGACAAAAAGCAUAAAAAGAGGACAAGGAGCCACUUUCAUCAUGAGACACGGCACCGGAAAGCACAAAUUAGGAGUUCUUCCUUCAUGGAAAACAGAUACGAAGACUGUGAGAAACCUGGUUUUCAAGACGGUGGCCAUUCAUCGGCUGUCCACGGAGGCAACGCAUGCAGGUCGGCAAUCAAGCUGACCAGUAAAAUCUCCUCUAAGUGCUGCUGCCACUUUUCUGAAAGCACCGUCUCUCCGUCACGUCCUGGGGUUGAGGGUUUAAACAAAAUGGUGAUCGUCCAGGACUCGAUGUCCCAUAAGGGCAAAGGACAUGCCGAUUACGAUUCAGGAAAUGACACGUCCUCUCCACUGUCAAGUAAAACGGGCAUCACAAAGUCAAAGGUGUCCGGAAACAGAAAGUUCUCAUGUCAGGAUCUGACGUCUCCUGAGAAGCUCAGGCUGGCCGACGGAGACAAUGCCUCAGAUUCAGGCAACUCUCUGACCAGCUAUGACUCUCUGGGUAAACCAGUGCUCAAAGAAAACACCCUUCACAGCUCUGUCUUCAGCAAGCUCAAAGGCGAAGAAGCGGGCAGGUGCUCUGAUUUGGAGAAGACGCAGGCCCUGGGUGUCGUGACUGAUAGAAAUCGUAGUCCGUCUCAUGAUAGAUAUCAGGAUCGAGCGAGAUCCCGCAGCAGAAGUAUAUCAUCCCAAAGCAGAUACUCAGGCCGCUAUUCCAGAAGCAGAUCCCUGUCCUCGGGGAGGAGAUCAUAUUCCCGUUCAUCCAGUUACUCGCUGGAUUCUCGGAGAGACAGCCUGUCUAGUGCCAGCAGUCACUCGCGGUGCACGCUAGACAGGUUUCGAGAGCGGAAAAGACACUGCAGUUCCUGCAAGAGCAGAAAGCACAGCAGGAGAAGACCUUGUUCUCCGAUGAGGAAGAGAAGAAGAGACUCCCCCAGUCACCUGGAAGCCCGCAGAAUUACAAGUGCCAGAAAGAGGCCGAUCCCAUACUACCGCCCCAGUCCCUCGGUCAGCAGCCGGUCCUCCAGCCUCCUGACCUGGCGUCUGUUUUCUCUCAGUCGCAGCCGCUCACGCAGCCGCAGCCGCAGCCGCUCUUAUUCGUCAUAUAGGAGCUACAGUCGCAGCUCGUCGUGGAACUCUGUGUACAGCAGACGCAGUCGCAGUCGGAGCAGAAGCUACGACUCGGCGGCGGCUACAGCCCGAGCCCGCCGCUAA